AACCUUACACCUAACUGUAAGUUCACUUUAGUAUAUAACAUAACUUCUGAAGCCACUGGCUAUCACAACUUGAACAAAACCAAAAAAAAGAAAAAGUUAAGGGGAGUGACUUAGUACAAAAAUGAAGAUCCUUUUUGUAGCAUUGUUUCUCGAGGGUGUAGUCUUCGCAAUGGCUCAAGCACAGGCACCAGCUCCAGGACCUGCAGGACCUACAAAUAUAACAGCGAUUCUUACGAAAGCUGGUCAGUUCACCAUGUUUAUGAGGCUACUAGAGAGUACUCAAGAAGCUGACCAAAUCAACAACCAACUCAACAACUCAAAGUCUGGCCUCACAGUUUUCGCCCCACCUGAUAACUCCUUUUCCAACCUUAAAUCAGGGCUGCUGAACUCUCUGUCAGACCAACAGAAGGUGCAGUUAGUGCAGUUCCAUGUACUCCCUAACUUCAUUUCUCAAUCUGAGUUUCAGACAGCCAGCAACCCUUUGAGGACACAGGCUGGGAAUAGCAAUGAUGGGGAGUAUCCACUAAAUGUUACCACUUCAGGAAACCAAGUGAAUAUAACUACUGGGGUAGUCAAUACAACAGUGUCGAAUUCCAUUUAUAGUGAUGGGCAGUUGGCUGUUUACCAGGUGGAUCAAGUCCUUCUUCCUUUGGCUUUCUUCAAAUCACCAGCACCCGCACCAGCUCCAGUGGCAGGUAAGCCCAAAAAGGAUGCAAAGGCGGGUGAUACUGCAGAUGACAACACAGAAGACACUACUAAUUCUUCUGGUGCCACUCAAUUGGUCAAGUCUGGGUUGAAUGUGGUGGUCUUUUCCAUCUUCUUUGUUGCUGCUUCAAUCUAUAUGGUUUUAUGAUUUUCUUAACUUGUUUUCUACAAUUCCUUGGUUAUUUUUUUUUGGAGAUUUCUGUAUCGAGUUAAAGUUUUGGUUGAUGAUGCUGAUAUUAUCUGUACUGCUGUCUCAGUGGCUUAAUUUUUGAAUUCAAUGAAACAAUUUCAUUAUUCUUCCUAA